AUGGUAUCUCUUAAGACCGCUCUCCUUCGUGAAGUUAUUUUUUUUUCUCUCUCUCUCUCUCUCUCUCUCUCUCUCUCUCUCUCUCUCUCUCUCUCUCUCUCUCUCUCUCUCUCUCUUCCCCCCUCUGUCUUCAUUCUCACUGUUCUAAACUCUUCUUCUUCUUUUUCUUCUUUUUCUUCUUCUUCUUCUUCUUCUUCUUCUUUUUCUUCUUCUUCUUCUUUUUCUUCUUUUUCUUCUUAUUAUUAUUAUUCAUUCUACGACCUUUUCUCCUCACGUUUUUUUUUUCUUUUCUCUCUCUCACUUUCUUUCUCUCACUCUCUCUCUCAUAUACACACUUCAUCUCUCAUUUUUGACUCGCUCUCUAUCAUUUUUCUCUCCUUUUCAUUUUUCUCUCUUUUUUUUUUCAUUUUUCUCUCCUCUCUCUCUUCUGUCUUUUUUGUUGCUUCUCUCUUUUUCGUUUUAUUUUUUUCUCUCUCUUUCCUCUUUCUGUCUCUCUCUUUCCUCUUUCUGUCUCUCUCUUUCCUCUUUCUGGACAGCCUUAUUUCUUCUGAACUCAUCUCUCUCUCUCAUUUCAUCUCUCACGUCUCUCGUUUCAUGUCACUCUCUCUCACGUCUCUCUCGACACGCGUCUCUCUCUCGUUUCACGUCUCUCGUCUCGCGUCUCUCUCUCGUUUCACGUCUCGCGUCUCUCUCUCGUUUCACGUCUCUCGUCUCGCGUCUCUCUCUCGUUUCGUCUCGUCUCUCUCUCGUUCUCUCUCGUCUCUCGUCUCUCUCUCGUUUCGUCGUCGCGCGUCUCUCUCGUUUCGUCUCGCGUCUCUCUCUCGUUUCGUCUCGUUCUCUCUCUCGUUUCUCGUCUCGCGUCUCUCUCUCGUUUCGCGUCUCUCUCUCUCGUUUCACGUCUCUCUCGUCUCUCCCCCUCUCUCGUCUUGCAUCUCUCUCGUUUCGUCUCGCGUCUUGCGUUCUUGUCUCUCCCCUCUCGCAUUCCCCCUCUCACUUCUCCUCUCUCCUUUGCAUUCCCUCCUUGCCUCUCUCUCUCCCUUCCUGCUUCUCCUCUCUCUCACAGCUCCCAUUCUCGUCCUUUACCUCUCUUUCUCCUUCCAUCUCUCUUCUCCUUUUCUCUAUCCCUCUCAUCUCCGUGUCUUCCCUUCUCUCCCCCAUUCUCGUGUCUUCCCUUCUCUCCCCAAGCAUUCUUGUGUCUUCCUCUUCUCUCCCCCUCAUUCGUGUCUUCCACUUCUCUCCCAAGCAUUCGUGUCUUCCUCUUCUCUCCCCCAAGCAUUCCGUGUCUUCCCUUCUCUCCCCUCCUUCCGUGUCUUCCUUUUCUCUAUCCCCAAGCAUUCCGUGUCUUCCACUUCUCUCCCCAAGCAUUCCGUGUCUUCCACUUCUCUCCCCAAGCAUUCCGUGUCUUCCACUUCUCUCCCCAAGCAUUCUCUGUCUUCUUCUCUCCCCCUCAUUCAUUUUCUCAUCUUUUCUUUUUCAUCCCGUGUCCUCCUAAUCUCCUCCCCAAAGCAUUCUCUGUCUUCCCUUCUCUUUUUUUUCGUCUCUCCAUUUUUCCUCUCUUUUUUUUUUCUCUGCUCCACUUGCCUCCCUUUUCUUUUUUUUUUCCACUCUGCUGGCCCAUUUUUUUCUUUUUUUUUUUUACUCUGCCCCUCACUGCUGCCUCUUUUUUUUUUACUCUGCUCCCCACUGCUGCCUCUUUUUCUUUUUUUUACUCUGCUCCCCACUGCUGCCCGUUUCUUUUUACUCUGCUCCCCACUGCUGCCUUUUUUUUUCUCUGCUCCCCACUGCUGCAUCUUUUUUUUUUUAAUCUGCUCCCCACUGCUCCCUAUUUUUUUCUUUUACUCUGCUCCCCACUGCUGCCCCUUUUUCUUUCUCUCUCCUAUCAUCACUACCAUUUUUUUUUUCUCUGCCUCCUCUCUUUAUCUGCCUCCUUCUUUCUUUUUCCCCAUUUUUCUUUAUCCCUUAUUUCCAUUUUAUGUCCCCUCAUUGCAUUCUCCCUAUCUGCUUCCUAUCCUCUAA